CCGCUAGUCACCUUUUACCAGCAGAGAGGGAAGUAACGUCUGGGGGGUUUAAAGAAACACUCAAUCUGGAGGCAACCUCAAAGAAUUGAAGUGGUCUACCGAGGUCUGCGGGACACGGUUACUAUCCACUCCGGAAGAAACUCAACGUGCGGGGAAAUGAUCACGAGUGCGCGGAAGUUUGUGUUUACUGAUGUUGUAGUAGCUAGCUAGUUGGCCCUGUUAGCUUGUUAGCGACGAAGGUGGACUGCUGGACUUUAACAUUUAGCCCAACUUAACAGGCAAGUUUAAUAACUGACAUUCUCCUUUUUAUAUCCUAACAUUAAAACUAAAACGGUGUGUUACAUGUUGCUGUCGGCUCGUGGAUUUGGCAAACUGUUGUAACGGUCGGGCCACGAGCUUUGGAUGUUGUGGGCUCGUGUCACUCACAGCCCUGAUGCAUGAGGAGAGAACACGCGCAUGAAGACACGCUCUGACAGGUACAGAUACAGGUAUCAUCUCGACACUGACAGGUACAGAUACAGGUAUCAUCUCAGCGCUAUCGGACAUCCAAGCUUCCCUGUUUUGCCGCUACGGAUGCGCAUCCUAGAACCUGCGACCCGUCCUCCACAUCGGACCUAGUUCAUCGUCUUCGUCCGUGAUGGGCCCCCUGCUCAGCUAGUGGAAACAAUCUGCAGCCCUCUAACCAUGGGAGGAUGUGUGGGGAGAUACUGGGAAGGCUGGGAGGACACACAGAGCCGAGGCUCGUCCAGGAACGGUGGGCGAGGAGGACGUAACGAGCCUCUAAAGAAAGAUCGACCCAAGUGGAAGAGCGACUAUCCGAUGACGGAGGGCCAGCUGCGGAGCAAGCGGGACGAGUUCUGGGACACGGCGCCGGCCUUCGAGGGCCGCAAGGAGAUCUGGGACGCCCUGAAAGCUGCAACCGUGGCCCUGGAAUGUAACGACCACGACCUGGCCCAGGCUAUAGUGGACGGAGCCAGUAUCACGCUGCCACACGGUACUCUCGCAGAGUGUUACGACGAACUGGGGAACCGCUACCAGCUGCCCGUCUACUGCCUCGCUCCGCCGGUCAACCUCAUCUCAGAGCGCAGCGACGACGACCCCAGCGAUAGCCCCGAACCUCCCGUAGCCCCCAAGAAGGAAUUCCAGCUGAAGGUACGACUGUCUACGGGCACCGACCUGCGCCUCAGUGCCAGCAUGGCCGACACCAUCGGGCUGCUGAAGAAGCAGCUGCAGGCCCAGGAGGACAUCGACGCCGCCCACCAGCGCUGGUUCUUCUCCGGGAAGCUGCUCACGGACAAGACGCGGCUGCAAGACACUAAGAUCCAGAAGGACUUUAUCAUCCAGGUCAUCGUCAACCCGCAGGCCCUCCGAGCCCCCAAGCCGUCACCCACCACCGCUGCCUCUUCGCCUGCGACUGAAUAACCCCGGAGGACAGGCGGCGCAGCAGGAAGUGAGGUGGGCGGCGGACACUUAAGGACCAGAGGAGCCUCCUAUUGCUGGAUAACUUGUGCUUUCUGAGAACAGCCGCUGUUGCUGAAAUAGAAUCGUACUACGGAGGUACAAAACUACUUUGGAGCAAAAACAUGAGGGAGAAACUCAAAAGUGCUGCUUUCUUUCAUCUACCAUGUGUCAUUGUAUUAUUUUUGCAGGGGGGGGGGGUCCGCUGUGUUCUUUAAUUGAAUCCAGUCACCACACUAACGCUGGAGAUCUCGUCCCCUCGUCUCUUUGAACCCUCUUGAAUUAAAAGCAGAACUUCAACCACAUGCAAGAAUGUGCACGUCGUGCUGCACGCGCACGCUCUGCCCUCGUAUCUGCACUAACGCUAACUAAGUGCCAAUGGAAGGAAUGCAGAGUCGCUGGUUCUAACGCACAUUUCUCCUGUGUGGACUGAAGCGGGAGGGGAAGGCAGAGCGUGAGACACUGAACCUUUUCUUCUUUCCUUCUGUCUUUUAUUGAGGAAAUAAUGUUAACCGAGCUUUUUUUGCACAUUUGAAGAUUAUUACUAUACUUUUGUGGUAGUUUGUGUGCCUUCUACAAGACGAAACAGAAAAGGGUUAAUGUCCUAAAAGACGCUGGUUUUACCGCUAGGCCUAUUUUUUUAGAUUCAGGAACUCUUAGAUCAAUACAAGCUGUAACUGCUGCCUUUUGUGUGUGUGUGUGUGUGUGUGUGUCCGUGUGUGUGUGUGUCCGUGUGUGUGUGUGUUUGGCCGGUAUUACACGUUUCAGUUUGAUGUAGCUCCCAGAGACGAGACUGUUUCCCUGGUCAUAGCUUUGCAGUCAAUCAUAUUGUAUAUGGAAAGAGAAAUUCCUAUGCUAAAAAUAUGGUCUUAAAAGCUGCAUUAUUGACCCCUUAAUGACCCCCAGACCACCGGGGGGCAGCAACACAGCCCGAACGUAGUCAGCUCAGUUACUUGGGGCUUGUUGUCCCUUUGUCUCACCACCUGAUGAAUGUAGAUCCAGUAUUCAUUGGCCUUUCUCUGCUCCACGUGGUCCAGUCCCUUCAGAAGACAAACAUCUCGUCACAUUCGUUGGAUGUUUGACUUUCUUCACCAACAUACAGGCGGCUUGUGUGAGUUGUUUUCUAGAAAUGUCUGCCUUCAAGUUUUUCUCUGGGUGUGGUGAGAGUGUGGAGCGGUGAACCAAAACAAUGAGCCGAAGGCCGCAGAUAACCGUCGAAUCAGGAGUGCGACGACUCGCGGCGGAAGUAAUUAGUUUUAGUGUUAAUAUAAAAGAUAUUGCGUAAUAUUAGACCUUUUUACACAUAAUUUAUCAUUUCGCUUUUUGCGUACGGAAGCCCAGAGAGGAAGGUGAUUUUGUUUUUAUAAAAAUAAUAUAUAUUGUGUGUUAGCAAGUACAUGGGGACAUUAAAACGGAGUGCUAUAAGUCCCAUUAAGAACAUGGUGCACUUCAGCCCCUAGUGGCCAACAUUAGUAGUACAACACACACUUAGAAAGAUGAUCCUGACAAAAGAAGAAGAAGAAUUCACCUGGCAAAACUCAUGUUCUCCUGUUUAGUGAAAGAAAACAAUUUAAAUCAGAAUUGUAUUUAUUUAUUUUUCCUCACAGACAUUAGACUUUUAGUUUUUGUUUACAAGAGAAAGGGAGAAAAACUGUAACCACAAUAAAAGAAUUGACUCCACUCUGAGCAGAAACAUUCAAAUGAACAACUGUUAAUGGUUUUUAAAUGGGUCAGGUGAGGUCUUCAGGUAGGGAAGAGGCUCGGUGGGACAUGUGGCGUUGCUUAUAUAAAAUAAAAAUGAAAUAAAAAAGCCAUUUCGUCAGUUUGACGCUGAGCAGUAGCUGCCUUUCAGCCUGUGCACAGUACGGCUUCUGUGAUCAUCGCUGUGCAGCAAAGAUAAUUACUCUGACUUGUUCCUGCAGCUCAAACUAAACAGCCUUGAAUGUGUGUCGGCAGCUCAGGGCCGAAGUUCCCAUUAGGCCCGACGGUCUGCGUGGGGACAUUCACACUGCAGCUCAAAUUGCACAGUUGUUAUUCCUCCAUCACAUGUGACACAUCAGAGUUUUGUCUGAGGACUGUGAACAUCAAAAUAAAUACCACAGCUGCAUUUAGUUUGCCGCUCCUACGGAUCACAUGGACAUGCAUGAGACAUUAAUGUUUGACUACAUGGCAGCUUUCCUGAGUUUAAUCAUAGCAGUGAGACUUAACCACCUCAAAGUUUUAUUUUAAAUAUUCUUUUGUCUCUUUUCUUUCCAGUUUCAUCCUUGAAGCUCAAUCACUUUGUUAUUUCCAGAGCUUUUAUUUUAAUUUAUGUUUUGCUUUCCUUUUUACCUUCCAGUCUUCUGGGGAUAUUUCUUAAUCGUCGUGAAUAAUCACUUUCCUCUGUAUGUGCAAUACAAUAGACGUAGACCUCAUUGUGUCAUAGAGCACCAGCGACGCUCAUUCUGCAGGUUGAAGCCUGCUGCGGUCUGUUGCCUCCGUCGACUCUUCCAAAUGUUCUCGUUUGUAUUCCACGCUGUCGUCUUCAUGUUUUAUCUAUACAUUAAAAAUGCAUCUCAGUGUCUCCGCUGUGAAGGUUAGGGUGUCAUCAGAAGCUCUGUUGACAACUUUUAUCGAUGGCGUCUCCUAUGACAUCGUCCGUGCUGAGGGGGGGGGGGGGUCUGUCCUCACGCUGCUGUCUGUCCCUCUGCAGAUGGCAGUGGUCAUCAUGUCAGACUAUAUAAAGGUACAACAUGUUACUACAAUGUAAAAGGGCUUCAGGGACUUUACGGUGUCCCUCAGAGAACCCCACAGGGCCCCCCCCCCCCCUCAUUGAUGGUUGUAGCACUAGCAAUGCAAUAUGGAGUCACAGAGCUGAAGAGGGAGAGGCGUAUAAAUGCACGAUAACGGCCCGACAGUAGUGAUCCUCCAGCCCACCACAGAGCGUUUCCCGAUGCAGACUGAGUUGUAGAAGAAAAUAACUCCCAGAAUGCUUUGCAAUCUGCAACAUGGCCUCCAGAGUGCGGGGCAAAGAAGCCCGUACAUGUGUAUAACUUUGCAAAUAAUGUUCAAAUCUAUUGGAAUAUCCUAGUUUAAUGUAGAUGUAGGAAUAUGUACAUGGUUCCCACAGGUCCUUGAACAAUCAAGGCCUUGAAAGUUUUUAAAAUAGUUUAAAUUGAUAUAUUUUGUGAAAGAAUAGAAAUUGAAGUUCUUUUGAUAUUUCUUCUAUGAACUUCUGUAAAGCCUGCUAGUUGUCAGUGUUGCGUUGGGUCCUUGAAUUUGAGGAAAUAUGGGCCUGGAAAGUCCUUGAAUUAGAUGUUUAAAAGGUGUGGUAACCCUGGAGGGAAUUGCAUCGUUAUAACAAGUAUUUUGGAACAACUCGCAAUGUCAAUAGUUCCCUUUUUAAACGACGAUGUGAGUUCCCAUGUCCCAUGUGUGAAGCUGCACGUCGCUGCUCACCUGCUGUCAGUGCACGGCAGAUAUUUCUAUCUGCUAAUAAUAAUUUCUAAUAUAAUUGGUUACUGAUGACGAGUGGUGUCCCGUUUCCUUGCUAAAGAUUUCAAGGCCUCGGGGUCGAGUGUUGUCCCCGACUUGAUAAAAGAGCCUCAAGGUUACUUUACAUUUACAACCUCCAGUUCAGUGAAAGGGACAAAAACAGAAGGUUUAAGAAACGUAUCUGGGAUUUCCGUAAGCUGGUGUCUUAUUUUACUGAUUUACCCUUUUAAUUCAGAUUUUAAGCAAAGUUUCUCCCAGAUUUUGACCCAAAACAUUUUUUUUUUCCUCCUUUCUUCCUUCGCUGUACACCCACUCAUACACCCAUUUUAGUUUUCUAGUGUUUCAAUGCAAACGAACACCAAUCAGAUCUUUUCCUGCACAGGUCCACAUCUUAACCGGUUUAUAAAAGCCAUAAAAUAACAGGAAUAUUUAUUUUACACACACAUGACAACCUAUACCACUCCAUACAUCUCUACUCUUCUUUAAGAACUCAAAUUCCCAGAAGGCAUUGCAGUUAAAUAAAGCCUUCACACAUAAACAGCCAUAGAGCACUCGCUAAAGAGAAAUGUUUUUUUCAAAAUGUCCCAUAAAAUGUGUCUGUAUAUUUAGUGAUGACAUGGACGUUUCUUGAUGAUUGACGCCUCAAUGUAUUGUACCAUCGCCGUGUUCAUUUAUAUGCUGAUUUCCUUUUCAAUCAUGUUUUUAAACUGUUGAAUAAAAUUUAGUGUGAAAAAUA